CACCACAAUCUCUACCAGCCCCAUUAAUAAACCACCGGGCUCUGUUUUAAUAAAAAAAAUCCCCUCCCUCUCCUAUUUACCUCCCGAAUAAAACCGGAGGGAGAGAAAAAAAAAUCUAAAUUAAAGAAAAAAAAAUCAAAAGGGAAAAAAAUUAUAAAAACCAAAAAAAUUUGAAAAAAUGGCAGUAGGUAAAGUUGUGAUAUCUGUGGCAUCACUCCUCCUAGUGGUGGGUGUUGCCAUAGGAGUGAUCACGUAUGUUAAUAAAGGAGGCGGCGCCAACGGCGACAGUAAUGCUCCCAUAAACUCUCAUCAGAAAGCGGUUCAGACAAUUUGUCAGUCAACCACAGACCAAGGUUCGUGCGCAAAAACACUCGAGCCAGUCAAAAGUGAUGAUCCAAGCAAGCUUGUCAAAGCCUUCCUGAUGGCUACUAAAGACGCGAUCACAAAAUCCUCAAACUUCACGGCUUCGACCGAAGGAGGCAUGGGGACUAACAUGAACGCGACGAGCAAAGCCGUUCUGGAUUACUGCAAGAAAGUAUUGACUUACGCUCUUGAGGAUCUUGAGACCAUAGUUGAAGAAAUGGGUGAAGAUCUUCAGCAGAGUGGAACUAAGCUUGACCAGCUUAAACAAUGGUUAACCGGAGUUUUCAACUACCAAACCGAUUGUCUUGAUGAUAUCGAGGAAGUUGAGCUAAAGAAGAUCAUGGGUGAAGGAAUCUCUAACUCCAAGGUUUUGACCAGUAACGCUAUCGAUAUCUUCCAUUCCGUUGUUACCGCGAUGGCCCAAAUGGGUGUCAAAGUCGACGAUAUGAAGAACAUAAGCAUCGGAGCCGGAGCCAGCGGAGCCCCUGCACGUCGCCUUCUUGAAGACACCGACGCUAAGGGACUCCCCAAAUGGUUUUCUGGUAAAGACAGGAAGCUUAUGGCUAAGGCCGGACGUGGCGCUCCAGCUGGCGGUGCAGGUGGUGAUGAUGGUAUCGGUGAAGGCGGUGGUGGCGGCGGUAAGAUCAAGGCUACUCAUGUAGUGGCUAAGGAUGGAAGUGGACAGUUUAAGACCAUUUCUCAGGCGGUUAUGGCUUGCCCGGAUAAAAACCCUGGAAGGUGCAUUAUCCAUAUCAAGGCUGGUAUCUACAAUGAACAAGUCACUAUCCCUAAGAAGAAGAACAACAUUUUCAUGUUCGGUGAUGGUGCUACACAAACCAUCAUUACCUUCAACAGAAGUGUUAAACUUAGCCCAGGAACCACCACUUCACUCAGUGGCACCGUUCAGGUUGAAUCUGAGGGAUUCAUGGCGAAAUGGAUCGGGUUUAAGAACACUGCUGGUCCAUUGGGACACCAAGCGGUCGCACUCCGUGUGAACGGAGACCGUGCGGUCAUAUUCAACUGUAGAUUCGACGGUUACCAAGACACUCUCUACGUCAACAACGGACGUCAGUUCUACAGGAACAUUGUUGUAUCCGGUACAGUGGAUUUCAUCUUCGGAAAAUCCGCCACUGUGAUCCAAAACUCUCUAAUCCUCGUCCGAAAGGGCAGCCCCGGACAAUCCAACUACGUUACAGCUGACGGUAAUGAAAAGGGUGCAGCGAUGAAGAUCGGUAUCGUUCUCCAUAACUGCCGUAUCAUACCAGACAAGGAGCUCGAAGCUGACAAGCUAACCAUCAAAUCGUUCCUAGGAAGGCCGUGGAAGAAAUUUGCCACGACUGUGAUUAUUGGAACUGAGAUUGGUGAUUUGAUUAAACCAGAAGGAUGGACCGAAUGGCAAGGAGAACAAAACCACAAGACUGCUAAAUACAUUGAGUUCAAUAACCGUGGACCGGGAGCUGCCACUACUCAGAGGCCUCCUUGGGUUAAGGUGGCUAAGUCUGCGGCUGAGGUUGAAGCUUACACCGUGGCUAACUGGGUUGGUCCAGCUAAUUGGAUCCAAGAAGCCAACGUGCCCGUCCAGCUAGGAUUGUAAGAAAACAACAACAACAAAAAAAAGUAAAGAAUAAAACAGUAUGUGAUAAUGAUAAGGUAACGAUACGACGUCGUCUCUAGGGAUCAGAGCUCUUUUUUGGGUACUAUAUACAAAGAUAGGGUUCUAGACGUGUUGAGAUGAAGUUUGUAUAAGAUUGCUUUUGUUUCACGUGCAAAUGAGGAAAAAAAAAUGUUUUGUUUCAUUUUUUUUUGUAUUACAAAUAAUUAAAAAAAAUUUAAUCA